AGUCCAAGUGAGAGAUAUAGAGAAGGAAGGGAAGUAAGCAGGCACAGAAGCUGACAGCCAUCAUAAGUUCAAGCCUUUGACAGCAGGAGACUGGAACAAAGGAAAAAACUGUCUAAAGCUGUGAUGAGGCUCUUACUGGACCUCCUGCUCCUGGGCCACCUAACAAUGGUCACCUAUGGCCAUCCCAUCCUGGAAGCACCUGAGAAUGUGACAGGGCCUUGGAAAGGGGAUGUAAAUAUUCCAUGCACCUAUGGUCCUCUGCAAGGUUACACUCAAGUCUUGGUAAAGUGGCUGGUACAACGUGACUUGGACCCAGUCACCAUAUUUCUACAUGAUUCCUCUGGAGACCAUAUCCAGCAAGCAAAGUAUCGAGGCCGCCUACAAGUGAGCCACGAGGUUCCAGGAGAUGUGUCCCUCCAACUGAAUAGCCUGGAGAUGGAUGACCGGAGCCACUACACAUGUGAAGUCACUUGGCAGACCCCUAAUGGUAACCAAGUGGUGAAAGAUAAGAUCAUUGAGCUCCGCGUCCAGAAAGUCUCUGUUUCCAAGCCCACAGUGACGACUGGCAGUGGCUAUGGCUUCACAGUACCCCAGGGAAUGAGGAUUAGUCUUCAAUGCCAGGCUUGGGGUUCUCCUCCCAUCAGUUAUGUUUGGUAUAAGGAACAGACUGUCAAUCAAGAACCCAUCAAAGUAGCAGGGUCGAGUACCUUACUCUUCAAGCAUGCUGUGGUGGCUGACUCCGGCUCCUAUUUCUGUACUGCCAAGGGCCGGGUAGGAUCUGAGCAGCGCAGUGACAUUGUGAAGUUUGUGGUCAAAGACUCUUCCAAGUCACUCAAGACUAAGACUGAGACACCUACAACAAUGCAAUCUCCCUUGAAAGCAACAUCUACAGUGACCUCAUUUUGGAAAUGGACCACUGAAGUGGAUGGCUACUCUGGGGACACCAGUGCUGAACCAGGAAAGGGCCUACCUACCUUUUCCAUCAUUCUCAUCAUUUCCCUGUGCUGUAUGAUGGUCUCCAUCCUGGCUUAUGUCAUGCUCUGCCGGAAGACAUCCCAACAAGAGCACGUCUAUGAAGUGGCCAGGGGACUGUGGAAGCAGAGAUGAAAGGCUCCAUUUAUUUCCAAAGUAUGAAUACACCACCCUCAAAGAUUUCUACCUCCUGGAAUCCUGAAAUCUUUGCAGUAGUUGUCUUCACCAUAAGUCAUCCCUAUACUCUGGUCUUCUUACAAUGUGGGGGUCCAAGCAAAUAAAUAUUUUUCCUCAAGCACAAAUGAGAACUAGGAGUGUGUGUGUGUGUGUGUGUGUGUGUGCGCGUGUGCGCUCAUGCCUACAUGCAUGCAUGUGUUUGACAAUUUGUAUGUGUGAACGCAUGCAUACACCUUUAUUUCAAUCUCCUCUAUGAGGACCUGUUCUAGGUUGACUCAACACUUCUUCCUUUUCUUCAUGUAAUUCAUGUCAAAUAAACUUCUUUGCUCUUCAUGGAAGCUGUUUUUGACACUUUGGGUUCUAAUGCAGCCCAAGGUCAGCUCAGGUUUCACCAGGAGAUUCUCUCUUUUGGGAUGAUUACAGAAGUCAAAAUAGUACACAGAAGUGAACAAGAAUUAUUCCUUUGCUUCACCACCAUCAACCUGCCAAGUCCAUGGCCAAAACCUCAGCAUUUUCUUCAUCCUCAUAUGCCAGCUUCACAUAGCUGGUGAAAGGAGCAACUUAUUCUUCCCCAUCAUGCUUACAAGCCUCUGAAACAGGGACCCACCCAGUGGAAACCUCAGCUUCCUUCAUGAAACAGCUGUUUCCAGACCCUUAGGCUCAGAAAAAAAAAGCCAUUAUUCUCUUCCUACUACCCUUAGAGAAAUAAAUGAUUGGAGUUAGGAAGACAAUCCUAAUUGCAUGUCAGUUAAUAAAAAGAUCCUCAGUGGUGCCUGGGUGGUUCAGUCAGUUGAGCACCCAACUCUUGAUUUC